AUGGACGCGUCGCAAGUAGCGUCUUUCAUCCGGGAGCGCCGGAGUUCCCUACGCGAAUUCAAUUUUGAAAACGUGGUGCUCCGCAGCGGUAAUUGUGACGAUGCUCUCGCGCCAUUGACACGAAUCAGCGGCGGCGAUGGAUGGAAGCAGGCAAUGAAAGGGACCGAAGAUGCUAAGAAGUCUUGCCAAAGCGGGACCCUGGACACGCGAGCUGUCGUGGGAGAGCCCGGAUCAUAUGAAGCGACUGCUGCGGUCUUCGGUGUUUAG